UGGACACAUAGGAGAACGUGGGCGGAUCUUGUCUGGCUUCAUAAUUUGAUUUAGCCCAGGGGUCAAACAGUUGCCGGUUGAAGUGGAGGAAGAGAGAACCGGACAGUUAACAAAGACCAGCGAAGACAGUCGCAUGCUUUAUCCACAACGCACUUUGGCACCGGAAUACACGAUGGAGAUGCUGUGCUGGUGGCCUCAGUGGACGCUCUCACUUCUUGGGUUUAGUAGCUUGUGCUGGAGCACCUCAGAAGAUUUCUCAACCUUGCUUGAUUACGGAGGAGAGACUGGUUCCGGGAUGCUGCACACAGAUGAGGUGGACAUUCUGCUGGAGUUUUCCAUUCAGUCACUCAACAGUCCAAAUACCUCUAUGACCAUGGAGGAUGGCAGGUGCCCAGUCCUACAGGUGGGACAGUACUCCGUCUUGGCUCUCCCUCUGACGCAGCUCUUCACUGAAGGGUUUGCUGACGAGUUCAGUCUACUGAUGCAGUUGAAGACGCCUCAGAGAGUUGAAAGCAGCGUGUUCACUCUGUUGAAUCCAGACAACCAUAUCAUGCUCCAACUGCGAAUCAGUGCUUUCACCAUUAUCCUCACUGGAGCCCAGCAACGGCACUAUGAGUUCCCCAUCCGUGAUCUGACUGAUGGGCAAUGGCAUCAUGUAGCUAUCAGUGUGUCUGGCCAGCGUGUGGCAAUAUUUGUGGACUGCACUCUGCUGGAGAGUGUGGACUGGGUCAACCAAGGGCUGGGGAUCAAAACCGAUGGACUCUUCAUCAUUGGAGGCAUCAUUGAAGGCUUUGAGACACCAUUUGAAGGUCAUCUACGACAGCUCACCUUCCUGAUGAACAACCCGGAUGCUGCUCGGCAACACUGCACCCACCACCCACCAGGUUGUGGUGGGGACAUCUUCAAAGCUCUACGCUCCCAACACAACACUGCUUUGGAGAUUCUACAAUUGCCCUCAGAUGACCUCAACAACUUGAUGGGGCUUUCAGAGGAUGAAUUGAAUCUUAUCCUUCGCGGCACUGUAAGUCCAUAUCUUGGCCAUUUGACUCGAGAAAAUCUGCCAAAUUCACACUUGACGCUAUUGGAAUAAAAAGUUAACAAACAAACAAACAAAGAAGUUGAGUUGGCUGGGUUGAAAAUGACUCAACUGAUUAUGUGGGCAAGCUGACCACACUGCCGUCAUGGUGAUGGUUUCCAGCUGUUUAUAAGCAGGCAAUUCUGUACAAUUUUCCUUGUUUCAGUGGUUUUGCCUUUUCAUCAACUUAUCUCAAUAAACCCAAUGGGCAUACUUGUCUCAUUAAUGCAAUAUGCAGCCGCUGGUCAUUAGGCCCAACCAGCCACUUUGUCUCUUGUGACCGACUAGCUCAUUGUAUGACUGCGAAAGAAUUUAGUAAGGAAAAACCUUUGACCAGUGGUUUAUGGUU